AUGGACGAGCUUGCCAGACGAUGCCUGUACCUCCUGGAACAGGACGACGACUCGGCGCGUGUGGCAGGGCUGCUUGUUCUUGCCCAUACCAUGGCCAAGGCCGACGCUGCCGACCCCUUGCACGAGAGCCUGCUGCUCGCCGCCGUCGACACCGUCGGCCUGCGCUUCAUCGCCCGCAUGCUCUGCCCCCCUCUCCGCCAUGGAUCUGCGCCAGAGCCGAUUGCGUCGGUCGCUGCCCUCAUCCUUGCCAGACUUGCCGCUCUGGACGCCACCCCGGCGUGGGUCUUCCACCCGGUGCUCAUCACCCGGCUCGUCGCAUGCCGCGCCGCUGCAGAGCCUUCGUCUGUUGAUGGUGAGAGUGAGGCCGGCAAUGUCACCGAAGAUGGUGCUGAUGCGGCACUGGCCGAUGGUGGCGAUGUCGCAGAGCUUGACGCUGCGCUCAUGGCUCUGGCGACGCGGCCAGAUGCUGCUCCGGCUGUCGCAGACGCGCUCGCCGGCUGGUUCGCUGAGAGCCAGCUGGCGCCGGCGUCGCGGCUUCGGGUACUCGAGCUGUGGGACGCGCUGGUGACGCUUCCUGUGCCGGGGCUGGAGGCUCGAGUGCUUGCCAUGUGUGGCGCGCAGAUGGCGGCUAUGAUGCGGUCGCGGCUCAACGCAUCCAUCCGCGCGAGACUGUACUCGUUCGGCCUGUGGAUGCUGGGGAGCAGGACUGCGGUUGCAGCCGUGGCUGCCAAAAGCUGGCUUGUAUUGGCCAAGGGUGUGUGUAUUGAUGUCCGCGUUGUUCUCGAGUCGGAGAACCUCGCUCGCGGAUCGGCCGAGGUUGCUUCGCUGCCGCGGGCGCUGCUGAUUGCCGAGGAGCUCAUCCGGCUGCUGGUCAGUGACGACGACGGCGGCAUCGGAGGCGAAGCGGCGUCGAAAAUGAUCAUGGUGCUGAUGGAGUGCCUCUCGGCGGUCACCUACUACAUCUCUGCGGUGGCUAACCAGGGCCAGGCUAACCACGACCUGAUGUUCCCGGCCGUGCGGGUGUUGGGCGCAUGGUGUGCUGAGGAGAACUCGCUGCUAACCGACCAGGUCCUCCCACUGCUGCCGACGCUCUUUGACCCGCGCCUGCGGCGGGCAGCCGCUGCGGCCCACGGCGGCAUGGACUGGGUCGUCUUUCUGCUCCCGGGGCUGCGCGCCAUGCUGGCAAACCCAGAUGUUGCUGGCGCUGCGGCAGCCGAGCUGGUCGACGUCGGCGCGGUGAGCCACCUACUCGAUUUGGUCACAGCAUUGGGCGAUGACGCCCCGGGCGCCCGCGACAAUGCGUAUCUCUUGCUGGCAGAGCUGCUGCUGGUGGGCAGCGAGGCGGGCGCCGCCGCCGCGCGACAACUCGCCGCCGCCGACCCCGGCACGAGAAUUCACAUGGCAUGCACCGCCAGCCAGUCCAGUGCUGCUGCAACCGCCGCUGCCGUAGCUAUGGCUGCUGCAUGCCCAGCCGAAGAGCUCGAGCCUGGUGUGCUCGCCGCGGCGCGCACGCUCGCCCGUAGUGAUCCGGAGCUGGCGCACGUGCUGGCUGCAUGGAAGCGUGCUAGGCGGUAA